AUGUCGCAGCAGGACAAUAAUAUCAAGGUUAUUGCCCGCUUCCGGCCUCCCAAUGCGCUGGAGAAGAAGUCGGGCAGUACAUCGGUCAUUGAAAUUGAAGAUGAGUCCACCGUGGCCCUCAAGUGCGAGGAGCAUACGGGCAGCUUCGCCUUUGACAAGGUGUUUGGGUCGGACACAACGCAGUCGCAGAUUUACAACUACGCGAUUAGCGACACGCUCGAAGACAUCUUCAACGGAUACAACGGCACGGUCUUCUGCUAUGGCCAGACUGGCUCCGGAAAGACGUUCACAAUGAUGGGCGCGGAUAUUGACAACGACGAUCUCAAAGGUAUCAUCCCACGUAUUGUGGAGGGGAUCUUCGCCAAGAUCAUCGAGUCGCCGCCGACCGUCGAGUACAUGGACAAGACCAACGGCGUCUAUGUCAAGGGCCUGAUGGAGGUGUUUGUCAGCAGCAUCGACGAGGUGUACCAGGUUAUGCGGCAGGGAAGCAAGAACCGCGUGGUGGCAUACACCAACAUGAACGCCGAGAGUUCGCGCAGUCACAGCAUCUUCCAGAUCUCGAUCGAGCAGAAGGACACGGUCAGCGGCAAGACUAAGAUGGGCCGGCUGUUCCUCGUCGAUCUGGCUGGCUCGGAGAAGGUCGGCAAGACCGGAGCCACCGGGCAGACGCUUGAGGAGGCCAAGAAGAUCAACAAGUCGCUCUCGGCGCUCGGCAUGGUCAUCAACGCGCUGACUGACGGCAAAUCGUCGCAUAUUCCUUACCGCGACUCGAAGCUGACGCGUAUCCUGCAGGAGUCCCUGGGAGGUAACUCGCGCACAACGCUGAUUAUCAACUGCUCGCCCAUGUCGUUCAAUGCAGCCGAAACAGUGAGCACGCUGCGGUUCGGUAUGCGGGCCAAGUCGAUCAAGAACAAGGCCAAGAUCAACCAGGAGUUCAGCCCGGCAGAGCUCAAGGCCAUGCUCAAGAAGGCGCGCUCGCAGGCGGUUUCGUUCCAGACGUACAUUUCGGCGCUCGAGGGCGAAGUCAAAAUCUGGCGUACCGGCGGCUCGGACGCCAAGGCUUUGCCGGCGGCCCCGCAGCGCACCCACACUGCUGGCGGGCGUGGCACCGGAGCGUCGACCCCGCGGUCGGCUGCGCGGCACUCUGUCAGCGCCGGGGUGGGCAAUAGUGCGAUGCCGCUGAGCCCUACCCCAACCGCUACGCGUGUGGGCUCACCGACGCCUACGCUGCAGCUCAACGACUCGCUGCUGUCGGAGCUCGGCUCGCGGUCCGGCUCGCCCACCACGGUGAUGAGCGAGGACGAGCGCGAGGAAAGGAACACAGCCUGCAAGGAUACGCGCAAGGAGAACGAGACCAUGCGCGAGCAGCUCGAUUUCCUGAAGAGCGAGACGGAAGCAGCACAGCUGAAGCUGGAGCUCGACAAGGUGUCGUUCAGCCAGAAGGAGGCCGAGAUCACCGUCGACAGCCUCACCGAGGCCAACAAUGAGCUCACGGAGCAGCUCAACAAGGUGCGCGAGGAGAUCGAGAAGCUCAAGGUGCAGGCCGACCAGGAGGUCAGCGCCGCCGACAAGGAGAAGCUGCGCGAGGCCCGUGUUGCAGCCAUGAUCAACGACAUGGACUCGGCCAAGGCCAUUUCGCGGCACGAGGCAGGCAUGGGCGACCUGCUGCGGGCGCUGGUGGAGGCCGGCGACGACGACAGCAAGAAGGUCGAGCUGCUGACCAAGAUGCGCAAGGACGUCGAUGAGAUGAACGACCUGCUGCAGGAGCGCGAGCGAACAGGCGAUCUGGCGCACCAGUGCGAGGACACCGACGGCAAGUACGAGCGCCUGCUGACUGACUACGAGGAGAUGAUCGAGCAGUCGAUUGCGGCUGAAGAGCAGCAGAACAGCCGCGACACCGAGACCAUCAACGAGCUGAAGCAGAAGCUGGAAGCCCACUACACCAACAAACUCAACACGCAGAAGGCGCAGCUUGAGUCGACGCUCAGCGACCUGCAGCGGCGCCACGAGGAAGUGGCCAAGCUCAAUGCGUCGAUCCGCGAGAUGCGCUCGGAGAACCGUGACCUGCUGGCCCGGGUCGAGGCGCUGGCCGAAGAGAAGACCAAGGCCGAGACUGCUCUUGCUAGCGCCCAGAAGACGGGCAGCAGCGCCAUUGGCGUUGCCGACUCGUCGUCCGAGCGCGAGAUGCAGGCCAUGCGGCGCGACAUGGCGCAGCGCAUCCUCGAGUACGACACCAUGCGCAAGUCGCUGAUGCGCGAUGUGCAGAACCGCUGCGAGAAGAUCAUCGAGCUGGAGAUGGCGCUCGACGAGUCGCGGGAGCAGGUGUCGCAGCUGAGCCACAAGCUGGGCAACAUGUCGCAGCCCCAGCGCAUGUCGCUGCUGGAGAAGAACGUGGCCGAGCUGACCGCCAUGCAGAAGCGCCUGGUUGAGCAGAACGCCGAGCUGAAGAAGCGGGAUGCGCUGGCCGAGCGCAAGCUCGAUGCCCGGCAAACCCGCAUCAAGUGCCUGGAGGAGCAUCUCGAGAGCACCAACAGGCAGGCCGAGGCCUGGAAGCGCAAGACGGAGGAGCUCAAGAACCUUCUGUCGCUUGAGGCUAGCCGGCCUGCCGCCAAUGCCGCCAAGCAGCCGUCUGCGCCUGGAUCCCCCAUGCGCGGCGGAGGCGGCUCCCAGCAGCCCGCCGCGGUCGAGGAGAAGGUCAGCACUGGCCGGACCUCGGGCGGGUUCUUCAGCUGGGGCGGCAACUAA